AUGGAGGAGAUCCGGUACCGCUCCUAUGGAGCCGGCCGGAGGCUAGAGAUCGUAACGGUGAGGAACUUGAGCGAAAACAAAAUGUACUUGGGUCGGUCGUACCCUUCUCCGAUCAGAUACCAUUCUGUGAAUACCAGAAAGAAGACCUCCUCCCUUGCCGUCAGGAAAUGGUGGAAUGAUCCUGAGAUGAAGCGGAGAAGGAGAGUCGCCAAAUAUAGGCUCUACUCCGCUGAAGGGAAGGUCAAGAGCUCUCUCAAGAAAGGGUUCCGUUGGAUCAAGAGAAAGUGCAUCAUGAUUGUGCGUCGGUUGUGA